AUGUGGUACCAGUUUGUUCGUGACUCAUUUUUUGGCCGCUCAACGUACCAUCUCUCCAAGCAUAAAUUUUUCUCGUACCGAGAGGAAGCAUCUGACUAUGAAGUGGACAAGAAGUACCUCGUCCAAGAGUACGCUCCGUCCAAGGCUUCGGCAACUAAUGAAGCCACGGGCAAAGUCUGCGACCUGCUGGACCUGCUGAUAGCGUGUGAGAAGGAUGCCUCAACCCCUCAAUCGCUGGUGAUUUUAGUGACGUGGGAUGGGGAUGAUGACCCCGAAAAUCCUCGUAACUGGCCCGUGAAGCAAAAGGCGUUUUUCGUCGUGCAAAUUGCCUUCCUUACCAUGUCAGUGUACUUGGCCCUGGCCAUUUACACUCCCGGGGUCGACCAGAUUAUGGAAGACUUUCACGUGGGCUCCGUGGUGGCGACAUUGCCGCUUACUCUUUUCGUUAUUGGCUAUGGUAUUGGCCCAAUGUGGUUCCUGCCAAUGCUGGAAAACUCUCGCUUUGGUCGUACCCUGAUUUACAUCACCACGUUAUUCCUAUUCUUCAUCUUACAGAUUCCCACGGCUUUAGUGAAAAAUAUCGCCGGGUUGUGUAUUUUGCGGUUCCUCUCAGGGAUCUUUGCCCUGCCAGCACUUGCCACCGGUGGUGCUUCAGUGUCUGAUGUGUUACAGUUGCCGUGGAUGCCGGUGGGGCUUGCUACGUGGUCUAUGGGUGCUGUUGCUGGUCCCUCGUUGGGUCCGCUCAUUGGUUCCGCUUUAAUUGUUGCUGGUGGCUGGAGAUGGACGUUUUGGUUCAUGGCCAUUCUCCUGGGAUCAGCAUUCAUAGUGUUGACUUUUACAUUUCCCGAACUGUACGAAAAGACUCUUCUCGCCCGUAAAGCUAAACGGUUGAGAGCAAUCACCCAAAACUCCAAUAUCAAGCUGGAAGGCGAGAUUGAAAAUGAACAGCUUACCACUCGCCAGGUACUCGUGGACACUUUGUGGCGUCCGAUUGAGAUCACGUUGUUGGAACCGGUGGUGUUGGCGGUGAACUUGUACAUUUCGCUCGUGUAUGCCAUCAUGUACUUGUGGUUUGAGGCGUUCCCCAUGGUGUUCAUUCAGGUGUUUCACUUCAAACUUGUGCCGAUGGGCACCGCUUUUGUUUCAAUCAUCAUCGGGAUCAUCUUGGCGGCCAUCAUCUACGUGUUCAUCAUCUACCACCAGUUCACCAAGAAGCUAUUGGCAGGGACUAUGGUCAGUCCCGAAGUGUUUAUGCCCAUUGCCAUUGUUGGCUCAGUAUUGAUGCCCAUUGGGAUCUUUAUCUUUGGCUGGACGGCGGCCCCUGACCUCCAUUGGAUGGGUCCGAUUAUAGGCGCCGCCACUUUCGCCAUGGGGGCGUUUUUCAUUUUCCAAACUUUGUUCAACUUCUUGGGGGCGUCCUUUGCUCCUGAAUACAUCGCCCUGGUGUUCGCCUCUAAUGAUUUCGCUCGGUCUACCAUUGCUGGGGUGUUCCCAUUGUUCGCCAGACCGUUGUUUUUGAACUUGAAAACUAAACGCUUCCUUGUGGGGUGGGGUCUGUCAGUUCUCGGUUUUAUCUGUGUGGUUAUGAUUGCCAUUCCCGUGACCUUUUUGCUUAUCGGGCCGAAGUUGAGAGCUCGCUCUAAGUAUGCGGCAAAGUGGUAG